AUGACUGAAUAUUGCAAUCCAAAUGCAACUGGAUUUUUACAUACAUGUGGAUAGUUUAGUUAGUGUUAAACUAAUACUAAUGAUGUAUCAAGCUGUGUUCAUGAUCCACCUUAUACACCUAAAGCAGGAAUUAUAAUUUCCUACAUCAUUACACCCAUUUUAAUUGGAAUAGGAAUUCUUGGAGGAUUAGGAGGUAGGAAAUAUUGAAAUUCUUUAGGUGGUGUUCUAAAAGGACCAUUAUUAGAAAUGAUAUUAAAUUAUUCUUAAAGUGAAGCUACACACAUAGCAUAUUGUCUCAUGUUUGGAGGAACUCUUUUAAAUACAAUUAUGUUAAUGUUUGAAAAGUAUUAAUACUAUAUAAUGAAUAGAAAUCCUGAUGAUUAAAGAAGACCCAUUAUUAAUUAUAGAAUUUCAAUAAUAUUCAAUCUUGCUGUUCCUUUUGCUACCAAUCUUGGAUCAUCUUUGGCUUCCUUUCUGCCUUAAUUAUACACAUUAAUACUUUAAGAACUAUUUUUAUUUGCAGUUGCCCCCAUUUUGUGGAAAAAAGGUAAUUUAUAGAAUGAUUUCGUAAGCAUAAAAAGCGAAAAAGGAUGAGAUGUAAACAACUGAUGAAUAAAAAAAUGAAAAUCAAGCAUUCAAUUUAGAUAAAUCUAAUAGUUAAUAAAAGAUUGAACUUUAAAAUAUAGAAAAUUCUUUAGAUUCAGUUUCAUUAACUCAUAUAACUGAGAAUAAUAAGCAGAAUACUUAGAAUCUCUAUAAUAAAUUCAAAUAAGAAACUGAAAAUGUUUUACCAUUCAUGCCAAUUCUCUUUAUUUUAGGUUCUUUUGGACUUAAUUAAGUAUUAAAAUUAUUUAUAAUCUAGAUAUUUAUUUAAAUGAGAUCCACAAAUCCUAAAAAGCCAUCUUAUGUUGGAAUAUAAGAUUGUACUUGGGAGAAUGACUUUAUGAUAUUCAUUUUGAUUAUUGCAAAUGUUUUAUUUGAUUACAUAGCCUGGAAAUUUGGAUCUAAUUAGGAGAAGUAUUUUGAUUAAUUAAAUUAUUUACCAAAUGAGAGAUACUUUACUCCAAUAAGUCGUUUUUUUAAAAUAUAUGCAGGAGGAUUUGGUGCUGGUUUUGUAUCUGGAUUUCUUGGAAUGGGAGCAGGAUUUGUUAUGGUUCCUACUUUACUUUAUAGUGGUUUAAUUCCAAGAUGUGCUUCGGCUACUUCUGCAUUUAUAUAUUUUAUGAUAUCUUUAAAUAAUUUAAUUACACUUCUUACUAAUCAUUAUUUAGAUUAAUAACUUAUUCUUUUAUUUACAGGGCUAGCAGUAAAUUAAUUUGAUAUUUUAAGGUUAUUGGUGGAUCUGUAAUAACAAAAAUUGGAUAUAUACUAUUAAGAAAAUAUAAAAUUGGUUAUACAGUCAUUUUGAUUGUUUUUGCAUUAGAUAUAGCUAAUAUAAUUUCUUAAGUUUAUUAUGGUGUUGUUUUUGGAAUAAGAUAUGGAUUGGCUUAUUUGACUAAAGCAAAUCUAGUAUGUAAAGAAUAAUGA